CGUCCGAGGCGCGUGUGCGAAUCUCCCCAUGGCAGAAACGGCCCCGAACGGCCCCCAAGGGGCGGGCGCAGUGCAAUUCAUGAUGACCAAUAAACUGGACACGGCCAUGUGGCUUUCUCGAUUGUUCACAGUUUACUGCUCUGCCUUGUUUGUUCUGCCACUUCUUGGGUUGCACGAAGCUGCAAGCUUUUACCAGCGUGCUUUACUGGCAAAUGCUCUUACUAGUGCCCUGAGACUGCACCAGAGAUUACCGCAUUUCCAGUUAAGCAGAGCAUUCCUGGCCCAGGCUUUAUUGGAAGACAGCUGCCACUACCUGCUGUACUCACUCAUCUUUGUCAAUUCCUACCCGGUUACAAUGAGUAUUUUUCCUGUGUUGCUAUUCUCCUUGCUUCAUGCUGCCACAUAUACGAAAAAGGUCCUUGAUGCGAAGGGUUCAAAUAGUUUACCUUUGCUGAGAUCUAUCUUGGAUAAACUAAGCGCUAAUCAACAGAAUAUUCUGAAAUUCAUUGCUUGUAAUGAAAUAUUCUUGAUGCCUGCUACAGUUUUUAUGCUUUUUAGUGGUCAAGGGAGUUUGCUCCAGCCUUUUAUCUACUAUAGAUUUCUUACUCUUCGGUAUUCCUCUCGAAGAAAUCCAUAUUGUCGGACCUUGUUCAAUGAACUGAGGAUUGUUGUUGAACAUGUGAUAAUGAAACCUGCUUGCCCACUGUUUGUGAGAAGACUUUGUCUCCAGAGUAUUGCUUUUAUAAGCAGACUGGCACCAACAGUUGCGUAGUCUAACAUCCAGCUAAGUUAUAUAUAAUAUAAAUAAGCAUUAUUAGCAGUUGGUACUUCUGCUAGGGGUUGUUAAUUCCAGGUGUAAAACUGACCUCAGUCCAAUUUACAUAAUUUACAUAAAUGCAUAUCAAUGGAAAAGUAAUCAUUUUUCUGGCAUGUUAAAUCAAGCCUUUGAAAAAAAUUCCCUGAGAAAAUUUUACUCUUCUGUGUUAAUGAUUAAGGAAGUUUCUAUCGUGUGAUAAAUGUAUCAAAAAUUUUUUUAAAUGCUGCUGUGCCUUUAUCAUGAAGUACAUUUAUUUCUCUUGUAAAAGUAGCUUUAAAAUUUCUUUCAACCUAAUGGGUACCCUGAAUUUAUAUCUGGCAUGAUUUCAUCAUGGUAAUAUUAACAUACAUGAAUUCAUUAUAUUUUGAGACAGUAUUCUUUUGCCAUUCAGUAAUUUUGGUUGAUGAUUUUAAAAGAAGCAUUUACCACUGUAUUUAAUUUCAAAUUGUUACUAAUUGAUUUUGUGCUGCUUUGUUAGGGUUUAUUUUGGAUGUACCAUUAUGAGAGACAUUCUGCAUGCAUCUUAUGCUCUGACCUUCCAGAAUUUUAUUUCCAUAAUUACUUAAUGUGGCUUUGAAUAUUUUUUAGAAAGGCUGAACUGUUAAGCUUAUUAGCCAACUGGGUAAAUAUCUGGGGUCACAACUGUUUUACAUUGGAAAGCAGUAGUUCCACAGCUUUCCUUGCAGAGAUCCGUAAAGUCACCUUUCUCAAAUAGGAAACACUUUUACAAAUGUGGACAUGUAGAAUAUUAGCAUCGAUAUAGUUUCUAGAAUUACCUAGAUGAGACUCUUGACUGCCAGUUCUCUCGGUUUCUUAGGCUUGAAUUUAACAGGCAGUGGCAGCAGUUCAGAUGUGUUUUGAAAGGAAUGUAACUGGAGAUUGAACAUAUGCCUGUGCCUGGUGUCUGUUCUGAAAUAAUAAUGAAGAUUAUCCUGUAGACUACAUACUUACCCAUGAAAUCUGAUUUAAAAGGUUAGAUGGAGAGGUUUAUAGGUAAGAUAAUUGGUUGGGGAUGGGGCUGGAGAGGACUUGGGGGGCGGGGGAGGGAAUAGUGUGUAUUUUAAUUUCAUAACGCAUAGGUAAAAUUGGGAGUAUAAUAUGUUAAAUCCUGUUUGUUGAGCUGCCGUCAACUUCUUUAUAAAAUUCAUUCUGAUCUUUAUUACUGUUGCAUGAUUGGGAAUGUUUAAAACACUGCAAAAAUUUUAGUACACAGUAAUGUAAUGGUUUUUGUAACCAGUUUUCUUCUGUCUGCACGUAAUUGGAUUUCUCAGAUAAAUUCAUUAGUAACUUGUCAGUAACAGUUUUCAGUUUAUUCAGCUUUCCUAUCUCUGGAAAUGUGAGAUCUACUUGAUAGCUCAACUGUAGCCAACUUUUUUUGUAUUUUUGUAAUAUUUAUCUACUAAGUUAGAAAAGCAGCCUCAUGAAAUACAGUUGAUUGAGUGGAUGGGUGGGUGGGUGUGUGGCUAGCCUCAUUAUCAUUAUAUAUAUAUAAUCUGAUGGUUUUAAGAACUAAUUUUCUAGAGCAAUAAAGUGGCUAUAAAAUGUUAAGUAAACAGUAUAUUAUGAUUUCUAAUGAUGUCUUUAAAAAUUAAGUCUUGAAUUAUAUCAAGAAAUUUUGGCAGCUGAAGGUAUAUUUAUUUUUAAGUUACUAGUUUUUUGUCUACAAUUUUUUUUUAAUCUGGAGAUAAUUUUAGAUUUAUAGAAGAGUUAAAAAAAUAGUACAGAGAGUUCUUGUCUACCUUUCACUCAGCUUCCCCUUAUCCUAAAUCUUACAACAUUUAUCAGAACUAAGAAAUUAGCCUUCGAGCAAUACCAUUAAAGUAUAGAACUCAUCAGAUUUCACUAUUUUUUCCAUUUAUUAAUUUUCUUUUAAUGAGCUGUUUUUACUCUGAUUGUCUUUUACUUUUAAUGACCAAUAAGUAUGCCUUUGAGUUUUUGCUCUUCAGUUUGGAAAUUACUGUUGGUGAAAAAGAUUUCUCUAAAGGAAAUGAUUUCAUGUUGGUCUUAACAAAAAGAAUUUUAACAGUAAAACUUAUAAUUUAGAAUAUUCUGUGCUUUAAAAGGUGAGCCUUUUAAUCACAUAACAGGAUUCUAUUUCUGAUAUGCUCAUAUUGGACUGUUCUUUAAAGGAAGGCUUGAUUUUUAAAUAAAAAACUCAUGAAAAAGUAAAUUUUACAAUUUGAGCAUUACUAGAUGUUUAGUUUGCAUGAGCUUGUAGCUAGGAAUUCUGCAAUAUGAAUAUGUAGAACCAACUGAUUUGGCAUCUGAAAUUACAGCAUAAUAUGUACACCUAUCAAAUUAAAAUUAAGGAAAUAAAGUAGCAGUAUAUGGAAUGAAGGAAGUAGGAGAAACUGUAGCAUAGGUGAACCUAUUUUUACUUCCAGGUUUGAAAAAGUUGCAUUAACAUCCAGAAUACCUAAUUCUUUAGGAAGUGGUGUGGUGCUGUUGUCCUUCUAGCACUUUCUGAAUUGAACCCUCUUGGACAGGUGGAAGCCUAACACAAAACCUACUUUUGUUAGAACAAGAAUUCUGUGUUCCUUUUGUAUAUUUAAUUCCUCAUGAAUUUAAACUCUGUUUCGUAAUCAGUCCAAAGAGAAAUUUCUUAAAUCAUAGUUUGUAUUUAAAUUUUCUUGCAAUACAAUUCACCAAAGUAGAUGCUCCUGGAAGGAAGGAAGUAAUUAAAUUUAGAUAUUUAGAAACUUCCCUUACAGGGAAAAUCAAGGCAUGCUGAUGCUAUACCAGAAGUUAGGAAAGACAUAGGAGGUCUAUUUUAUACUCUGAAUUGUAAAGCUAUCUGAAUACUCUUUCUAAAAAUCACGAUGAAAAAUUCUGAGUAGGCUUGUAUGUUUAGUAUAUGAAUAUUAAUCAUUUUGGAAAGGAAAAUGAGUGUAUAUGUGGUUAAGAUAAGUGGAACCGGGAGACUUAGUUUUUUUUUUAAGUUUGAGAUCAGAGUGAAUGAAAUUAGUUUUGAGGGAUUGUGGUUAAAGACUCCUAUUUAAUCCUGAGGAAUUUAUUUUGAUUAAUAUAGUGAUUCUGAAACACUUCUCCCACUCAUGCCCACCCAAAUCCCCCUAGGAUCUGCUAGCCUCAAAGCUACCCAAAUUUAGACUAAUUUUGAUUCUUAAUUCUGUAAUGAAAACCUCAAAGGAGAAAGUAACCACCGACAGUUAUGUAUAUAUAUGAUCAGUAGGUGGCACUCUUUCUUCAAGUAGCCCCGCCCCCACAGUUGUUUCACAGCCCCUGGUGGAAGGUUAAAUGCCACCCAAAGUGGCCUGUAAAACUAAGGACCCGAAUUCCAUGGCCCUUUUUAAUACGUAAUUACUCAGAACUCAACAAAUAUUUUCCAAAUAUGAGUACAUUUAAAAAAUAAUUGAGAUGUUGAAAAGCUGGAAGUAGUACCCUGUUAAUGUUUGCUUUCUGGCUAAAUGAUAAUAUAGGCCACAAUUGGGAGUGGCCUUAUUCAGGUCUUGGGCUCUGUUUUGUUUUUUUCUUUACAAAGAGUGCCUAAAUCAACCUAAAUACACCAGUUAUAAAAUUGUUCUUUUUGUUCGUUCACCUUCAUUGUCAGGUGUGUAGAAGAAUGGUACUUAAAAUUUUUCCGUGGUCAUUUCGUAGGCAUACAAGGUAUAUCCAGUUCAGCUUCUUAAAAUUUAGAGUUUUCACAGUAAUAUAAAAGCAUAUUGAGAAUUUGGGUUAUCGUAUCAACAGUGGUACCUAGAUUUGUAAAUUGAGUUGCAGAGACAACUGGUUUCUCUGUAAACCUUAUUGGAAUUUCUCUAGGAUUAGGAGAAGUCUGCACAGGCUAAAUGACAGUGUAGUUCAGUAGAUAGUAUACCAAAGGCAUGUGUUUAUAAAUCCAGGAGGUCCUUUCCAGGGUUUGUUUUAAUGAGCAGUCCUCUUCUAAUAUUCAGAGAGGAAAGUUGUUAUUGGGUCUGGUAUUAAGGAUAAGAAAGGAACUGCUAAAAGUUUGGAAGGAUUCUUGGUAGUAAUUAUUCUAGGACAUGUGUAUCUUCUAAGGUGGUAUUCAGGUGGAUUCUUAGAAGGAACCCCGUUUUUCCUGUGUGAGGGAUCAGCUCUGGAGUGCUCUUUCUCUGGUGCAGUGCAAAUAGGACAACUGACUGCAUUGAGUUUGAGCUGAUGUGACAGGAGAUAAAGUACAGUAUUUUUAAAAUCUGAAGGAGAUUGUUUCUUAGAAAAGUGAUAAGAAGAAAAUUGAAAGAUACUUCUGCUGGAAUCUAAAAAUUAACUCCUGUUAGAGGAGAAGAAAAGGCUCAAGAGUUGGUUCACAUUUUCCUUUAUAGACUUCUUAAAGCCAACUUUUUGAUAGGCUCAGUCCUUUUAAACUAACUCUUUGUUUUUCUUGGUUCAUGACAGUUGGAUUCCAAAUUUUCUUUUGUACCUUUAAAAUAGAACAAUUGCUUUUGACAGGAAUUUUUGCUUACAUAUAAGUUUGUAAGUUGAGACCAAAUGGGCAAAGUGUUGGGCAGGUAACAUUUGUAAUGUGUUUAUAUUGGAACAAAUGUAAAAGGGUCACAAAGAUUAGAAAGAGUCAUAAAGAACUGCUUGAUUUAUAAAUGCAGUAGUUCUGGUGCUUCAUAUAAUGGGAUAUAUUGAACUAAAACAUUUGUAUAUAUAGUAUGUCAGCAUUUCUUAGUUACUUCUCUUGAAUCCAUUUUUAAUAUCUGAUACUGUACAGGUUGGGGAGUUCUACUCUUCAGGCCAAUACUAUCCAGACUGUGUAAAUUUAUAAAAUAAAUUGAAAAAUUCAUCAUUCUCCUAUAUUCAAGACCAGCGCACAUAAAUGCUAAUGUAGGGCUCAGAGGGGAAAUAUAUUUCUCCUGAAUAUUUGAGAAAAUGUGAAGUCCUUUCAAGAAAAUCUAAUAAACAUAAUAAUCAUAGCCUGCUGACACUAAGGAAAAAGGACCUCAUUUGCUCUUUCUUUUAUGCAGCGAUUUACUGGUCCCUACUGAUUUCCAAAUUGGAUCACUGUAGUAAAUUAUCUAUGCUGGUACCUGUGAAAGUAAGCCCUGGGAUCCAUAUUUGUUUUGUGUUCUGCUUAAAUCAGCAAGAAUGAUAAAUUUGAUGGUGUGAAAUUGGAAGUGUCAAGGGCUUUCUUUGGUGAUUGAGCAAAACGAUGUCUCCACUUUAAUUUAUUGUGACCCUUUUUCACUCUAUGUGCUUUGUAUAUCUAAUAUUUAUUUCAAUACAAAUUAAAUUCUUGUUCCUUCAUCUGUAUUGUUAUAUAUCUAAGAUUUUAUUGAUGUAAAAAAUCAAAUUGUGUAAUAAAAAUCUCUCUGGAUUUAAGCAGAUUUGAAAAUGUUAUGUUGCAAAAAAACAUUUACAGUUAGAAUUCAGCUUUCCGUUGUGCUUCAUUGCCUUAUUGUUAGAGUAAGGUGAAUUUGAACAUUUCUUUUGUCCUCAGCUCAUCACAAAUAAUAGAAAUGCUGUAAUUUUGUGGUCUAAGGUAAAACUGGAAAAAAAAAAGAAAAAUUGUAGUGGAUCUCUCAACUGUUUGCUUGUUUCUGUACUUUUUUGUGUAGUGAAAUUUAUAGCCUAGUGGGUAAAUUAUUUAUAUAAUCCUAACAUUAUGUACAAUAUACAACAUAGCCAAAGUUCUAAAUCAACACAUGAUAACAUAGAAGAAUGUAUUUUCCUUCUAAAGGUGUGUAGAAUUGGCAGGUAUUUUUUGUGGCAAUUUAAACUACUUAUACUAAGCAAAACACUGUACAAGUCAGUAGUUUAUGGUAUUUUUUUGGUUGAAUUCUUCAAAUUUGGUUCUCUACAACCAUUACAACCAAGAGUUUCAAGAGUAAUAGGCCAUUUCAUUUAAAUACCAAACCAAAAACCCUCAAGACAAAGAAUUGAAACUUGCAGUGAACUGGAAUAAAAUAGAUGUAUUUUUUCAUCAUUAACUCAUAAAAGAUAACAGUUGUAUAUGCAGAUUUCUCUGAUCUGAAAAAAUAGUCCUUGAUGCUGUGAACUACCAGAUUCAUGUUUUACAGUUCACUUUAGUAAUAUCCAAAAGCAUAUAGUUCAUCUUCUGAAGUGUGUAGAAAUUAUCCUUUUUUAUUCCCUUAUCUAAAAAGCUAACUUUCCUUUUGGGGCUUAUAGUACUUUGGGCUUAUUUUGAAUUAAUAGUUCGUAUGUGAAUUUCAUAUUCCUCUUUCCCAAGGAAAGUCCUCAAUUUAAAAAAGCAGAAGAACAUUUCUUAAUCAAUAUUGGAACAGGGUGCCUGGCUGGCUCAUUUGGUAGAGAGUGUGACUCUUGAUCUUGGGGUUGCAUGUUUGAGCCCCACAUUGGGUACAGAGAUUAUUUUUUAAAAAAGUAAAGUUUUUAGAAAAAUUGGGGACAGCUUUUAGAAAAAUAUUUUAAUUUUAUAUGGGUAUAUUGCUGGGAAUAAAAUAUUUUUGGGGAGUAAUUAAACAUUUACUGUAAUAAUUAGAACCUACCGGAGGGUUUGUUUGUUUAUGCCCUUUAAUAUUGUAAAGUCAAAGGAUCUGUAAGCCUUAUUACUAUUUGGGUUUUUAGGUUCAUUGUGGUUGCUCUAAAAUGGUUUUGUGGCUAUACUUAGAUAUAGAUAUAUUUAUAUAGCACUAAAGUACUUUCAAUAACAUCAGUAUUUUUUAACCCUUUGACAUUAAAAUGCUCAAGUAACUUUGAAGCAGGUUAAUAAAAUCAUUUUUAUUCUGUCAUCUAUAUACUGGGAGUUACCAGAUUCUCAAAUUUUAAAACAUUAGAAUUUUAUUUUGAUUACACGCAAACUGCCCCCUAGUGGCAAAUUUUCUGAAAAACUGUAAUGGCUCUCAUUUUGCAUGUAAUAAAAAUCAUGGUGGGGGGAGGCAUAGCUUGACUCCUGAUUUUAUUUCCAGUUGGUUUUUACAUUAAACACUAUUUAAGGUUACGAAGAGAUUCUUACUCAUGAUUUUAACCUUUCAAUCCUAUAAAGAGUUUGUGGACCAGUAUCAUUGGUUAAUAAUUACUAUUUCAAGAUGUCUAAGUGAGCUAAUGAAUUUUUCACUGUAUUUAUGAGACAGUAGAGACACUACUGUUUGUCUCUGUUUUAAGACUGAGAAACUAAACUGGUAGUUUAUUCCUCACUGGUAAUUUGUGAAGGAAAUCAUUAGAAUACAACCUCAUUUGAGACCACGCUCUCUGAAUGUACAUUUUUAUAGUCUAAGUGUAUAGUCUAAGGAAACACAGCCCAUGGCUGUUCUUUGUGAUACCAUUAUAAUUGGGGUAUUCAUAUAAUUCUGUUUUUCAAAGUUUGUGGAAUAAACCAUUCAAUUCUUAGGAGAUACUUCCAUGCAUUUGCUAUUUGCCCCACCUCAGAAGGUCAUUGUAGACACUUGUCACAUGUCUUCAAAGUUUUGAGCAAGGAUAACAGGAGAUAUACUCCUAGUGAAUGAACAUUUUUUUGUUUAUCAGUAAUGAUGCUCUUACAAAUGGAUCUCCUCCCAUGCCAAGAAAAAAGAAAGCAUUACAUGACAUGACCAUCUACACCAGAUACUCGUUUUGGUUUUUUUCCUUGAAAUGUCAUCACUCCCAGACAUCAGUAGAACUUAGCACUGGUUAAGUAUUUUACUGUCAUUUUUUGUAUAAUCUUAUUGAUAAGAUUGUUUAGCCCAUCCCCUGUAUUGUCACAUUCUGUUAUCACUCACCAUUAUGUGGAAUUUACAAAAAGCCCUUUGAAAAUACAAAAGCAAGUUUGGGUUGUAAUUAACCACUUAGUAAAUCUGAUUAUAAAUUAUGGUGCAAAGUCACAUAGAAUGUUUUGAAGAUUUUUUUUCCUGAAUGUUGAACAAGGCUCUUAAAAAGAAACAAAUGUUCAGGAUCCCAGGUUUUCAUCGAAGUGUUUACUAUUACCCACAGAAAAUAAACUGAAAGGAUAAUGCGACGUGUGCCAACAUACAUAGGAGUUCUGACAAGAGUAGAUGAAGUCGAUGAAGGACUGCUGGGAGCAAUGGGAAGACUAAACUGAGCAGGAAGGCACAUGAACGCCUCUCAAGGCGUUCAAAUUAAAAAAAUUUAACACUCCCAGUCUCACACUGUGGGCCCAGUUCAGCCUGUGGUCUUCCUGGCCAGUACAUACUUUAAUAGUGAAAGACUCUGUCCCAAACCUUCUUUGACUUCCUGCCUUGGGAAAUAGGGCCAGAUUACAUUAAUGCCAAGAACUCAUUUCUUUUGCUGAGAUCCUUUCCCAUCUCUUUCCCUGUGCUCCAUCCUUGUUAUAGACCUUGUCCCUGACCCACAUCCCUUUUGGUAGAGAAAAUACUGAACUUUGAGCCAUGCAAGUCUUCAAUCUUAUUCAUACUCCCUUGCCAACAAUUUUCAAUUUUGACCAGAGAUAGGAAGGGAAAGGAGACUGGGCAUCUCUCAAGUAGGGGGAGAACCUCAGGCCCCUGUGGCCUAAGGCUUAGUUCCUUUCCCCAUUUGUCUGAGGUACAGAAAGACAAACCAGGAGAAGGAACUUCUCUCUGAGGCCUAGAGCUCAGCUUACGUGAAAAUCCCCCAGCACCUUUGGAAGGCAUAUGGAUAAACCAUCAUUCCACAGAUGCCUCUAUAUGUUCCUUUAUUCUGAACUUAGUCUUUAUUUCCCUUUUUCUCUAAGUACCUUGGGACAUCUCAUGAACCUUUCUUUGGGUAGUGUCCUUAGUACUUGCUCCAUUGUUCCAUUACAUUUACCCUGCAAAACCUCAACCUCCAAAAGUAACCCCUCCCCCACUUCUCUCUCAUAGCGUUCUCUAUUUUGCCUUUCCACGUAUACUGUUACAUCUUUUAAACUCUUAUUCCCUUCUCUCAAAUUUAAAAAAAAAAAGGGGGGGAUGGGAAACUAAUGGGAUGCAGGGGGCAGGAAAAGAUCGGGGAGAAGGGAUGGUUAGAGAGAAGGAGAUGGUGGAGAGGUGAGGAGCCUUAGAAAUGGGACUGCUGUCUAUCCAAGGUGGACUCUGUGAUAACGAUCUGAUAAGAGAUGCCAUGGGAAAAAUAAAUAAAUGCUGUGCCAUAUCCUCUUAGCUCUUUUCAAAACCUCUCCAGUUUUCUUUUUGGUUGAUGGAUUCAACCAACUUACCAGCACAGUGUUAAAGCAUGAUCAAGCAUGUGCAAAUAUAUACAUCAGGCAUAAGGUCAGAAAGUCCACAAAUGGUAGUUACAGUCUUGAGAUAUUCUCUUAGUUUCCCGGGGCCUCAAUUUCCCCAUUUGUAGAAUGUGGCCAAUAGAGAAUUAUUUUAAGGAUUGAAGCGAGCAUAUUUGUACACUGUAGCAGUUUGGGCAAAUAGCUACGUUGUAUAUGCUUCUCAUUUUACUUUAGGAGAUUCUGGGACUCUUGGAAUUUAAAAAACUUCCUUCCAGUUAGUGUUCAGUUAAAUCUUGCCUUAUCCUGUUUUUUUAAGUCAACACCUUUCUGGGCAAAAAAGAAAGUGGACUUGUUAAGAGAAUCCUCCACCCCAUUAAAAUACAAAGUCUUAUGUUGACAUUUAGAUUUUUUUUUUUUUUUUUU